UCAAAUAUGUUCUUCUUCCAAUUGCUACAGCGAUACUUGUGGCCUUACUGCUAUCUCUAUAUAUGAAGUGUUGUAGAAAGAGCAAGAAUUUGUCAAUCUCUUCGACUAAUUUAUCUAUAAAUUUGGGCACAUGUACAUCUCCUACUAUGAGGUCCUCGGUGCAACCAACAAUCUCAUGGAAGCAAACUUGUUGGGAAGUGGAAGCUAUGGCUCUGUAUACAAAGGAACUUUACCAGAUGGUGAGAUUGUAGCUGUCAAAGUUUUUGAUUUGGAAGUUGAGGGAGCUAAAUCUUUUGAUAGAGAAUGUCAAGUGCUAAGGAACGUAAGGCACAGAAACCAUGUGAAGAUCAUAAGUUGUUGCUCCAACCUUGAUUUCAAGGCACUGGUUCUCCAAUACAUGCCAAAUGGUAGCCUUGAAAAGUGGUUGUAUAAUCAGGGGCAAAACCGCUUGGAUAUUCUUCAGCGGAUGAAUAUAAUGAUUGAUGUGGCAUCAGGAUUGGAGUAUCUUCACCAUGGGUAUUCAGAGCCUAUUGUUAAUUGUGAUUUGAAGCCGAGCAGUGUUCUCUUGGAUGAAGACAUGGUAGCACAUGUUGGUGACUUUGGAAUUGCGAAAAUUCUAGCAAAAUACAAAUCUAUGACCCAAACGGCAACUCUUGGCACAAUGGGUUACAUUGCACCAGAGUUUGGGUUACAAGGAAGAGUAUCUGUAAAUGGUGAUGUCUACAGCUUUGGUAUUAUGCUGCUGGAAACAUUUACAAGAAAAAAUCCGAGAGAUGAAAUGUUUGUUGGAGGAUUAAGUUUGAGGCAGUGGGUCAUUUCCCACUAUCCUGAUCGUGUAAUGGAUGUUAUAGAUGCUAGUAUUUGGAGUGGAUAUGGAGAAGCUACUACCACUACUGCUAUGGAAUCUUUAACUCCCUGUUUGUCAUCUAUCAUCGAAAUAGCAUUGCAAUGUUCAGCUGAAUUACCUGAAGAAAGGCCCAUAAUGACUACUGUUGUUGUUCAACUUAAAAAGAUGAAGCACGAUAUGGUGCAACAUCUGGAUAAGCUUAAUGGACAACGGUAA